AAUAUUUAAUAAAAAUUUAACCAAAAGGUAACUUUUCUUAUACAGAUAAUUCAUCAGUAAAUCAUUUUUGAGCGAAAGUAAAUGCAUGUUAUUUUAGAAUAAACAAAUUAUGCUACAUAUAGAGCAAAAUGUCACUGAAUUAGGCUCAAACUCACAAAGUAGACACGGCUUGGUUAUGGUUUUUAAGUUAGGCUUGAACGACUUUCUAGAAGUAAUAAUUUUAACUAGGUUAAUAGAGAAAAUAAUGUAUAGUGGUGUCCCACAUGUAUCAUGAUGGAUGAGCCAGCAACGACACGAUAUAGCAAUAAAUUCCUUCACUAUUUCAAAUAUGUCACUGUGGAACCGACAAUGCUUUUGUAUAUGAUGGCGUUCAUGACCACAAAUGUAGCAGAGCAAUCAUUUUAUGUUUAUAAGACGUGUACCAUAAACCAUGGAUACAACAAAACGAUCUGUGAUAAUAUCAAUGCUCCUGAGUACAAAAAUAUCUCCAAAGAAGUACAGGCUAGCACUGCAAAAUUUCAUGUAUGGAACAACAUAGCCGGUCAUGUGACACCGAUAAUAUUGGCACUUUUCAUUGGGGCUUGGUCUGACAAACGUGGUCGGAAACUUCCUUUACUUAUCGGUCUUUUUGGAAAAUUAAUAUUUUCUCUGAUGAUAAUCGUCAACACUCUCCAACCUAGCUGGCCAGUGGAAUAUGUCGUAUUCACUGCCACUUUACCUUCUGCCUUAACUGGUGCAGAUGUUACAAUCUUCGCCACAGCAUUCGCUUACUUGGUAGAUGUUUCAUCUGUAAGCAAUAGGACUAUGAGGGUUACUAUUCUGGAAGUGUGUUAUUUAGCAAGUAUGCCGUUAGGAAUAGCCUUUGGUGCCUACCUCUUCAAGUUUGUCUUCAACAGAUCAUAUACCUACAUGUUUGUAGUUAAUAGCAUACUAAUGGUCUUGGCGAUCUUGUACACAUCCUUACGUCUAAGUUGGAGGAGUAAUUCCAUGCAAAGACCUCUUUCGGAAGCUUCCAACAAAUUUUUAGACUUCUUUGACUACAAUCACGCUGUUUCCACUUUCGGAAUGUUGUCCCAAUACAGACCGGGCAACAAAAGAACCUACUUGUGGUUACUUUUGAUCAUGAUGGCUCUAUAUACUUUCCAAAGGAACGAAAGAGACAUCAUGCUAGGUUAUUGUUACUUAACUUUUCACUGGAAUGAUGGCCAAUACAGCAUAUUUAAAACAAUACAAAGCGGCCUUCAGGAUAUCAUUCUGUUACUUGCUAUUCCCAUAAUGAGCAAAAUUUUUAAAUGGCGUGAUACAAUCAUUAUUAUGAUUGGAGCUAUUGCACAUGUCAUGGGACGCAUAUUUUAUUCCACAGCAGUUGAUCCUUAUGUUUUCUACAUCGGUGGUGUCUUUGCAGCAGUUGGACCCAUUGUUGCACCUGUCAUAAGAUCUUUGGUUUCUAAAACUGUUUCUACUUCUGAGAAAGGAAAAGCUUUUGCAGUACUAGCUGUAGCAGAUAAUGCUGUGCCUCUCAUAGCGGGAACCAGUUAUAACGCCCUAUAUUAUUUCGUUCUUCCAUACAAUCCAGGAUAUGUAUUUUUCCUCACAAUAGCGACACAAAUUGGAGUCUUUUUGCUAGCCACGUAUAUUCAUUCAAGAACACAUAGAAACGAAUUUGAGAUUGAAAUUCCACCACCAAAACCCAUUUUACACACGGAAAAUGAUCUGCUACAGGAACCAAAUCUGGAAUAAAGGCCCUUUAAAAAAUUUCCUAUUUUGUGACAGUAUUCAGUAUUUUAUUGUUUGACUUCUUUGCUCAAGUGACGUAGUUGUAGUGUUUUGUAUAUUUUUGUAGAAAUAAACGUAUAAAACGCC